AUGCCCUUUGCUUUAGCAGGGUCUCGGUUGGCGGCCGGCGGAGCGGCGGGGCCGCGUUCAGGGCACCGAGUUCCUGCUGUGUGUCUCUGUGUCUUACAGAUCCCCUCUCCCAAGUCCCUCCAGCCUAACGGAGCCAGUGAAGAAGCCCUGCGGUGUGAAAUCAAAGAGCUGAAACAGAAAGACCUCGCUCUAGACCAGGAAAUUGCACAGUUAUUGUCAGAGGGCUACAGCCUGGAGGAACUGGACAAGCACAUCUCUCUGCUCCAUGAGUACAAUGAAAUCAAAGAUGCUGGGCAGAUGCUCCUGGGCAAGCUAGCUGUUAUCCGAGGGGUCACUACAAAACAGCUCUAUCCUGAGUAUGACCUGGAGCUCAGUGACUAGUGCUGAACCUGGAGAGUGCCAUGUCCUGCAGAAGUGGCUGUCACUGGGCCAUUACACAGUGGUUCAUCCUGGUUUAGGAGAGACAGAAGGUGGAAAAGGAAUUCUGGAAAAGGGAUGUAGGAUUUUAGAUAAUUUCAUGUACUACCUGAUCAACAGGUUUUUUUUUUUUUUGAAAGGUUGUAGUUCAGGUUGAUGUUGAGGCUCUUCCAUGGAGCCUCUGAUUCCCUGCAGUAUCCAGGGGCUGUUUGGUUACUGAAUGGAUAGAGGAAGUGAGGACAUACACAUGUGCAAUGUAAUAGCUGCUUUGAAAGGAAAACCCUCAGAAGAAAGGAGGGAAGAAGGCAGAAAUUGUGGUGGUUUGGGGGUUUAUUUUGUUUUAUCAACAAAUCCAGACAAGUCUGGGUGUUCUGAAUUUUUGUACUUACCUGCUCUGGUAUCUGGAGGUUUUGUAUCAUUUCUGUAGUAAAUGGCAAAAUGUAAAGUUGUGUUGAACUGUUCACUCUGAAUAAAGCAGCCUUCACAUCUGGC